GUUAGUCCUAAGUACUUCUUAAUUUCUUUUUGUGUCAUAGGUUUAUGAAUACUACAUGCCAUGAUCGCCUUUGCCCACUGGGAUGUCUCUCGAUGAGCUUCUUCUACCUCUGUUAGUUCACCGCUUGACUAAUGGACAGCCUUUUCGCCCGUCUAGCCUCAACGAACUUGACGUCUCUAAGCUCCAAAGUCACUCGAACUGAUGAACCGAGCCGGUCUCUACAGAUGAUACCCCAGGAUAAGCCACCCACAAGAUAUUUAUGGAUCAAAUGGUCCGGUCUGCAGUAUCCGGAUGAGAGGUGCCAGAGAUCAUACCCCAUGGAUCUCUGUUGCUUGCAGUCGUCCGCGGGUGUAUUGCAUCGUGCCACAUCGUGCUUGAAGCAUGAAGGCCUACCGGGGUUAUGGUGGAUUUGGAGAGCUGCAGAAGGAAAGCUACAGUUGGUUACACCAUUGAACAAACACACCAUAGAGCCCGGUGUUACAAGACAAUCCGUGCUCGACUUAGCACGCGAGAGGCUCUCUGCCAUUUCUCCUCAUUGGAUGGGUGCCGAGCUGGUGGAGGCCCUAAAACGCAGGGUGGGUACUGACCAUCGAAUCGACUAAAUGUUAGUAUGUCUCUAUGCUUCAGCAGUGGGCGACCGAUAUCAUGUACUGAGCUGAGUAUAUGGACAGGCGCGUGAUAGACGAAGGUCAUGUAUGUAGUGACCCACUGUAG